CGGACUCCGCAGCCGGGCGCCCGCGCUGCCAAUUCCUAGAAACCUGCGAGGCUGCCCAGGAUUUGCAGCUAGUCUCCCCCAAGGACCCUUAAGCCCGGCCCGGCCAUGGCGGCCCCCCGCCCGCCCCCCGCGAUCUCCGUCUCGGUGUCGGCGCCGGCCUUUUACGCCCCGCAGAAGAAGUUCGGCCCGGUGGUGGCCCCCAAGCCCAAAGUGAACCCGUUCCGGCCCGGGGACGGCGAGCCCCCCGCGGCCGCCGGGGCGCAGCGCGCACAGAUGGGGCGGGUGGGCGAGGUCCCCCCGCCGCCCCCGAAGGUAUGCGACUUCCCCUUGCCGCCGCCGCCCGUCCUUGGGGAUGGCGAGGACGCGGAGGGCGCGCUGGGAGGCGCCUUCCCGCCGCCCCCUCCCCCGAUCGAGGAGCCUUUCCCCCCUGCGCCGCUGGAGGAGGACAUCUUCCCCUCCCCGCCGCCCCCGCUGGAGGAGGAAGGUGGGGCUGAGCCGCCCCUACCGCUCCCACCACAGCCCAGGGAGAAGGUGAGCAGUAUUGAUUUGGAGAUCGACUCUCUGUCCUCGCUGUUGGAUGACAUGACCAGGAAUGACCCCUUCAAAGCCCGGGUGUCCUCUGGAUAUGUGCCCCCGCCAGUCGCCACUCCGCUCGCUGCCAAGUCCAGCACUAAGCCUGCCGCGGUGGGCACUGCACCCCUGCCUCCCUGGAAGUCCCCGUCUAGCUCGCAGCCUGUGCCCCAGGCUCAGGCCCAGCCUCAGAGCCACACCCAGUUCCCUGUGCAGCCUCAGUCCCAGGUCAAGCCCCAGGCCAAGCCUCAGGUCCAGCUCCGCGUGCAGCCCCAGCCCCCGGCCCAGCCUGUGUCUUUGGCUAAUGUCCAGCCUCGAGGUCCCCCAGCCCCAGCUCCAGCCCCGGCUCCAGCCCCGGCUCCAGCCCCGAAGUUCUCUCCAGUGACUCCCAAGUUUACUCCUGUGGCUUCCAAGUUCAGCCCUGGUGGAGCCAGCUCACAGCCCACUCAGAAGGCAGGGCCCCCUGAAGUUCCCUCGUCCACUGGCACAGGCUCCCCUCAGCCCCCCAGCUUCACCUAUGCCCAGCAGAGGGAGAAGCCCCGAGUGCAGGAGAAGCAGCACCCAGUGCCCCCGCCGCCAGCUCAAAACCAAAACCAAAACCAGGUGCGCUCCUCCGGGGCGCCAGGACCUCUGACUCUGAAGGAGGUGGAGGAGCUGGAGCAGCUGACCCAGCAGCUGAUGCAGGACAUGGAGCACCCUCAGAGGCAGACCGUGGCCCCCAAUGAGUCCUGUGGCAGCUGCCACCAGCCCCUGGCGCGGGCACAGCCUGCGGUGCGCGCCCUGGGCCAGCUGUUCCACAUCGGCUGCUUCACCUGCCACCAGUGUCAGCGGCAGCUCCAGGGACAGCAGUUCUACAGCCUGGAGGGGGCGCCCUACUGUGAGGGCUGCUAUACCGACACCCUGGAGAAGUGCAACACCUGUGGGCAGCCCAUCACGGAGCGCAUGCUGCGGGCCACGGGCAAGGCCUACCACCCUCAGUGCUUCACCUGCGUGGUGUGCGCCUGCCCCCUGGAAGGCACCUCCUUCAUCGUGGAUCAGGCCAACCGGCCCCACUGCGUCCCCGACUACCACAAGCAGUAUGCCCCCAGGUGCUCUGUCUGCUCAGAGCCCAUCAUGCCAGAGCCUGGCCGCGAGGAAACGGUGCGAGUGGUCGCCCUGGACAAGAACUUCCACAUGAAGUGCUACAAGUGUGAGGAUUGUGGGAAGCCGCUGUCUAUUGAGGCAGAUGACAAUGGCUGCUUCCCGCUGGAUGGUCACGUGCUGUGCCGGAAGUGCCACGGGGCCAGAGCCCAGGCCUGAGCGAGGAUGGCUCUCUGCACAGCGGUCCUAGUAGCGCACCACCCGCUCUGCCCCUCCACCUGUCCCGCCCCCUCAGUUAUUUUUGAAUGUCCAGCCCCUCCCUCCAUUCCAAACCCCACCCCAGGCUCCUAAGGGCCCUGAUCCAGGUCCCAACCCCGGUGAGGGAGUCAGAGUUCCUGCCCCUGCCCCGGCUUUCCAGCCCCCACCGCCCUGCAGAGACCACCCACCGACCUCCUCCAGGUGUCCAUCUGAGGGGGCGGCUGCUGUCACUGCUGCACCCCUGUUCUCGGCUGGCCCCCAGCAGUCUGGAGCUCUGCUUGCUGAUUGCAGGAGAAGGCCCUGACCCUCUGGGCGGUGGGCAGGGCUGGGCUGAGCUGCCCACACGCUCCCACCUGUCCUGUGCUGCCAGGUGUGGCUAAUGCUACAAAUAAAAAACCUUGUUUUCCAGAAUUCUUAGUAGUCAGCUCUUUUAUAAGUGCUCACGGGGUGGAGGAGCUUCAGGGAUCAAAAACAAACAAGCAAAUAAACAAAAAAAAAAAUCAGGGGUAAAGGUGACAGCUCAGUCCUGUUUAUUUACAAAAAUAGAUAUGUAUAUGUUUAUAUAUUAAACCCUCCCUCUCCCUCCCGAAAUACCUUUGUACUUUACCCCACCUCCCCUCGUAACACAGAGGCUCCCUGGCCCCCGGGACCAGCUCCCGGGAAGGAGGGGCCGGAGCAGCACCAGGUU